AUGUUGUACUCCCUGCUGCCGGGGAGUGCAGGCCGGCAGCCGGCGGCCGAGGCGGGGGAGCAGCCAAAGGGCGAAGGGAAAGAAAGGAGAAGAGAACGCGAGGAAGAGGAUGAGAGAGAGAUGGAAAUUGACGUUUGCGAAGAAGGUGACGCACAAGCCAAUCGGCGACUCCUCACUUUUCUCAAGGCGACACGCCGCGGAAAAAUCCAGAAAGUUGUGAGGGAGAUCUACUUGAGAGACGACCUCCCUUGUGGGAUCGCAGGGUGUUGUCUCUGCUACGAUCCGUCAGACGAGGCUGAGCGCAAAGGCCUUCUGAACAUUGAUGAACGGAUCCUCCUCCUCGACGCCACUGUGGCUGUGCGGCACGUUGAUUUCCUUCAAGAAGACCCCAGCGUCAACAACUGCCUCCUUCUCUCGUCGGUCCUCCAAGAGGUCCGACGCAAGAACCUUCAGACGUACUCGACUCUGCUUUCUCUCUGUCGCAAAGCUGCUGACUCAAAUGGAACAGGCAGCAGGCCAGGCGCAGGCGCUUCUUCGCGGGAAGGAGAGGGCGCCGGGCACACGCAGAAAAGAUUCGCGACGUUUGCCAACGACGUGUUCAGAGCGACUUUCGUAGACCGCCUCGAAGACGAGACGCUCGAAGGCCGAGAUCGCCGCUCGCUCUUUGCAGCCGCUCGCUGGUUUUCCGAUCACCUCCUCGCUGCCGGCGCCGCGCUCGGCCUCUCCGCGGGCCACCUUGGGCGCGUCACGAUUUUGACAGACGAAAAAAAACGAAAGGCUGAGGCGCAGCAGCGAGGCCUUGAGGCUCUGACGGUACGCGAAUUCGUUGAGGAGAUGCGCGCGCUUUACCCGACAGCCGGCGAGAAGUUGGCUCAGCUGGACGAAGACGAGGAAGAGGAAGAAGUUGACGGGCUGGCUGCUGCGGAAGGUGGAGAGGAGGACCCGGCCGCGCAGAAGAGGCGAGAGGUCGGAGACAAGAAGAGGAAAACGGCGUUCUACGACGCGCACUUACGAGAGGAAGAAAUAACUCGCCAGAUGAAGAUGGGAAAGUUGCAGAAGGGGAAACUUCGCAUGGCGCCUUCUUGCUGUUGGCGAGGUGUCGUCCUCCUCUCUGGAGGACAAGAAGUGAAGAUUCGCGGAAAGAAGAACCUCAACCGCGCGGUGGAAGGCGACAUCGUCGCAGUCGAGCUUCUGUCGCCCGGAGCUGAGCAGCUGAAGAGCCAGUCAGAGAAAGCACGAGAGACAGGGGAGUCGAACGCGAAAGCGUCUACUCAAGCCGAGGCGAGUGGCGUGGACGCAGCGGGGCUCGGAGACCAGGGCUGCAUGCGCGAGUCCGAGCAAGAGAUCCAGGAAAUCGAAGACGACGCUCGCGUGUUUCCCACCGCUGAAAUGUCUGACGAAGAACCAACCCCCGAGGAGGCGAGCGACUGGGAACUCGAAGGCAGAGUCGUGGGCAUCAUUCGCAAAAACGCACGCGAAUUCUGUGGCACAGUGCGCCCAUUUGAUAACCCCUUCCGGGCGGAGACAGCGACAAACGGCCUUCCGUCCGAGGUGGUUUUCAUUCCUGCGGAUCCACGGUUUCCCAACAUCAUCUUAAAGACCAGACGAUACGAGCAGCUGCUGAACAAACGAAUCGUUGUCGUCAUUGACUCCUGGGACCGCUUUUCCCGCAAUCCACGGGGUCACUGGACGGAGAUUCUCGGCGACUUUGGCUCUGCAGAGGCGGAAGCGAACGUCAUUCUUCGAGAGCAAGGCAAGAAAAGAGACAGGCAGUGGGGCGGAAGGCAAGGCGAAGCGAGAAUGAGAGAGGAGAAAGAACAGAGAAAGGCAGGAGAGAGACAGGGAGGAGAGAGACAGGGAGGAGAGAGAAAGGGAGGAGAGAGAAAGGGAGGAGAGAGAAAGGGAGGAGAGAGAAAGGACGAGAGAGAAGAGGAGGAAGAGGGACGACCGGCGCCGAGACGCGUCGUUUCCCGGGACUUCUCGCUCGCCUCCCUGCGCUGCCUCCCCCCCAACACGUGGACGUUUGCCGACAUGCCCGAGGAAGAAAGAAAGCAGCGGCUCGAUCUUCGCCACGUCUGCGUCUGCUCCGUGGACCCGCCAGGCUGCAAGGACAUUGACGAUGCGCUUAGUCUGGAGGUCCUGGAGAACGGGAACUACCGGGUUGGAGUCCACAUCGCCGACGUCACGUAUUUCCUCAAGGAAGGUACCUCGUUGGACGAGGAGGCGUCAGAGAGAUGUACAACGGUCUACCUCGUGGAGCGCCGCACGGACAUGCUUCCUUCGCUCUUGACUACGGAUCUCUGCUCUCUUGUUGGUGACCAAGAUCGCCUGGCGUUCUCGGUGCUGUGGGAAAUGACACCAGAAGGAGAUAUUCUCUCUUCUUCUUUCCACAAGACUUUCAUCCACUCACGAGCUGCCCUGACCUAUGCAGAGGCGCAAAACAUGAUUGACGACCCCAGCGAUAAGUCGGAGCUGGCUGAGAAUCUGCGCCGCCUUCUCGCCGUCUCGAAGGUGAUUCGCCGCAAACGCAUGGAGGCUGGUGCACUCCAGCUCGCGUCCCCAGAUGUGCAGAUUAUUCGGGACACGUUGAAGGACAACCGCGACGCGAAAGCGAGGACUCUGUCCGACCCAACGGACCCGCCGGCGAAAAAGGAAGACGAAGUCGCAAAGAGGCGACAAGAACGGGGCGGAGAGCGGAAAGAAAAGGAACCGAAGCAGGAAGGCGAGUGGUACGGCGAAGAAGUCGUGCAGGAAGAGGCCUCGGACAUCGCGCUGUACCAGGCGAGAGAAACGAACCGGAUGGUCGAAGAUUUCAUGCUGCUGGCCAACACCACUGUCGCGGAGAAGAUUGUCGAGUACUUCCCGUCAGCCAGUCUCUUGCGGAGACACCCUGACCCGAAGGAGAAGCAACUGGAGGCGCUCAAGGAGCUACUGAGAUCCCGGGGCAUCGAGAAUUUCGAGUUCUCCUCUUCAAAGCGGCUAGCGGCUUCACUGAAUGCCGUGGCGAAGGCCGCGCCCGAACUGGAUUUCCUCGUGCGCAUUUUGACGACGAGGUGCAUGAACCAGGCCGUCUACUUCAGCUCCGGGGACAUCCUUUCCAAUGCUCAGUCCUCGAAGCCUUCUCUUCCUGCGUCUCUCUCGUCGGCAUCGUCUUCGCUCGAUGUUAGUCCGUAUUUCCAUCACUACGGGCUCGCAGCGCCGCUCUACACCCAUUUUACUUCGCCGAUUCGAAGAUACGCCGACGUCGUCGUCCACCGGAUGCUGGCCGCAGCUAUAGGCAUAGCAGAGGUGCCGCACGUGUGUCGAAAUAAACAAAGGCUGUCGCAACAGUGCGAACUGCUGAACGUGAAGCAUCGGAAUGCACAGGUUGCUGGCCGCAACAGCGUCCAGUACCAUGUGUACAUGUAUUUCAAGAACAAGGGAGCGAAAGAAGCCAUCGGUACAGUGACCAAGGUCAAAAAGAACGGCGCUAUGGUGUACAUCCACAAGUACGGCCUUGAAGGAAUUGUAUUUUUCAACGAGCGGGAGUAUGCAUUCGACGCCGACAAACAGCACUUGGUGAAUCGCUCUUCGGGCGACACCACCAAGAUUUUCGAUGCUCUCCUCGUACGGAUCGAGGCAGAACACUCAAAUGACUUCAGGCCAUCGGUGGCGAUGAAGCUGAUUCGGAAGGCGACUGACCAAGAGCGCGAGUAG